AUGGCGUGGCAACCCCAAGAGGAGCCCCUGCGACAGCUGGCGCAGUGUCUGAGGGACUCGCUGAGCGGCCAUGAUCAGAAUGCGCGCAAGAAUGCCGGAGAGAUGCUCAAGUCGGCCCAAACUUCUCCUGAUAUCGACAAGUACCUCGCCUACAUCUUCUCCAGCAGCCAGCCCCCGUCCGUCGUGAACAUGGACGCCUCUCAAUACUUCCAGACGCGCGCUGCCGCUGCCGUUAUGCUCAAGAACGACAUCAAGACCGGCUACAAAUCGAUGCCCGACUCCACCAAGGACUACAUACGAUCAGUGAUACUUGCGGGAUUGCAAGACUCGACUACGCAAAUACGGGGCUACGCGGGAAAUGUCAUAACGGAGAUUGUGCGCCAGGGCUCUAUUAUGGGCUGGCCACAGAUUCUCUCAGAGCUGGUCGGCAUGGUCAGCAACGCCGACGGCAGUGUCUCGACACAGGCGCAAGAAGGCGCCAUGGGCGCGCUGCUCAAGAUCUGUGAGGACAACAGGAAGGCUCUGGACCGAGACUACCAAGGACAAAAGCCCCUUAACUUCCUCUUUCCCCAGCUGCUCGAACUCACAACAAGCCCCCAGCCCCGAGUACGCGCCGACGCAUUGGCCGCUAUCAACGUAUUCGUCCCAGAGAAGCCCCAGGCCGUCGUCGCGAACAUCGACAUGCUCAUGCAGCAGCUUUUUAAACUAGCCACUGACCCCAGCGAAGACGUGCGGAAACACGUCUGCCGAACCUUCGUCCACAUAGCCGACAUCGCUCCUCAGAUGAUAAUACCACAUAUGGAGGGUCUGGUCGAAUUCAUGGUCGCACAGCAGCGCACUGAGAACAAUGCAGACCUGGCUUUGGACGCGGCCGAGUUCUGGCUGUGUGCCAGUGAGGAUGAGAAGAUGAGGGACCACCUUGGACCAUAUCUGGCCAAGAUAAUACCUGUAUUACUAUCUAGCAUGGUGUACAGCGAAGACGAGAUCCUCCGUCUAGAGGGUGAAGAGGAGGACUAUGAGCAGGAGGAUCGGGAACAAGACAUCAAACCUCAGUUCGCAUCAAGCAAGGCCGCGCGACUUACCACAAACGCGAACGGCGAGACGGUCCCAGGCUCGAAUGGAGCCGGAUUACCCACAGGCGAUGACGAUGGUCUCAGCGACGGCGAGAUUGACGACUUUGACGACGAUGACGAGUUCGGCGACCCCGAGGAGAUGUGGAACCUUCGAAAGUGCUCCGCUGCGGCCCUUGAUGUCCUCGCAUCCGUCUUCCACGAGGCCGUAUUCCAGGCGACUCUUCCAUACCUCACAGACAACCUUAACCACGCUGAAUGGCCCAACCGGGAGUCCGCAGUUCUGGCUCUUGGCGCUAUUGCGGAUGGCUGCAUGGAAGUUGUGGAGCCGCAUCUUCCCAUGCUCACUCCAUUCCUCCUAACCCUCCUGAACGACCCGAAGCCUGUUGUGCGCCAAAUCACAUGCUGGACUCUCGGUCGCUACUCGGGAUGGGCUGCGCAUCUUGACGGGGCUGGCAAGAAGCAGUUCUUCGAACCAAUGAUGGAGGGCAUUCUGGUGAAGAUGCUCGACACCAACAAGCGCGUCCAGGAAGCUGCGGCGUCAGCCUUUGCAAAUCUCGAGGAGAAGGCCAACGUUGAGCUAACCCUAUACUGUCCCGUCAUUGUCAAGCAGUUCGUACAGUGCUUUGCUAUGUACAAGGACCGGAACAUGUUCAUCCUUUACGACUGCGUUCAGACACUGGCCGAACACGUCGGACCUGCACUGGCAGACGACUCGCUCGUCCAGACACUUAUGCCCGCGCUCAUUCAACGAUGGAACAAGGUGUCAGACCAAUCGAGAGAAAUGUUCCCAUUGCUGGAGUGCCUCUCAUAUGUUGCCACGGCUCUCGGACCCAAAUUCGCGCCAUACGCAGCUGGCAUAUUCGCCAGGUGCAUGAAGAUCAUCCACCGCAACCUCGAAGAAGGUCAAAUGGCGGCUGAGAUUCAAGGUUUCGAGCCUCCGGACAAAGACUUUUUGGUAACAAGCCUUGACUUGCUCAGCGCCAUCAUCCAAGCCCUCAACUCCCAGGACAGCGCGACACUAGUCACACAAGCACCAAACUUCUUCAACCUACUAGUUGUCUGCAUGCGGGACCCAAACAACGACGUGCGACAGUCUGCAUACGCACUUCUCGGAGACUGCGCCAUCUACGUCUUCCAACAACUCCAGCCCCAUCUGCGAGACGUAUUGACCACCCUCAUCACACAGUUAGACGUUUCGCGGAUAGAUUCUAACAGUCUCGACACUGGAUACUCAGUCAUUAACAACGCCUGCUGGUCCGCCGGCGAGAUUGCCAUGUGCCACAAAGAAGGCAUGGAGCCCUAUGUUGAGCAGUUGCUCCAGAAGCUGGGUAAUAUCCUCUUUGACGAGCGCGUGCCAGAAUCCUUGAACGAGAACGCAGCCAUUGCUCUCGGUCGUCUAGGUCUUGGUAGCGCGCCCUUACUCGCCCCCCAUCUCGCUCAAAUCGCCCCUCCUUUCCUCCGCGCUAUUAGGAAAGUGCAAUGGACGGAUGAGAAGUGCCACGCACUUACUGGGUUUAUGUUGAUCGUUCUGGCCAACCCGGGAGCCAUGGAGCAAUCUCUCCUGGAGUUCUUCAGCGAUAUGUCACAGGCUGAUCGGAAUGUUGUACGCGGUCCUACGGCUGGUCGUCAGGUGCAGGAGACGUUCCAGAAGGUCAUCCAACAAUACAAAGGCAUGAUCGGCAACUUCGACGCCUUCAUCGGAGGCCUGCCUUCCGAGCAGCAGGCUCGCUUCCGCGAGUUGUACUCCGUCUGA